AUUCAAAAGCGCUGGUUUGUAACCAAGCUGAUUACGCUUGUGCGUGGCUUCCGUAACUGAAAAUGGUUGAAAGUGAGUGAAACUUCCAAUUCGUUGGAAUAGCAGAACAUAGUUUGCAAAAUUGUGAUAUGGUGAAGUUGUAUGCACCGUUCAGUUCACCUGAAUCACAUUUUUCGAGGUAAAACCAGGUUCGCAGGAUGCAGUUUCGGUUAAACACUGGCAAUGUUGCACCCUAAACUUGAUGCAGCUGUUUGUCUAGAUCUAAUUCUGUAGUCGAUACGUGGUGCCUGUAUUUGGAAAUGGAUGCCUUUUUGGGGACCCUGCAAGACCAUGACGUGAGCUCUGUCCUUUCGUCGUGCGAGCCGGAACUUUUGGAGCUGAUGCGUCAGAUUGACAUCAUGGUGGCCCACAAACGGAGCGAGUGGGAGACGGAGAUGCUAGCCUUAGAAGGGAGGCUACAGAUUCGUGAAGAGGAGGUCAAGUCUGCUCGGGAUCUUGUAGAAAGCAAGAAUGUCGAGGUCAGUAUUCUUCGGCAGCAGCUAGAAGAGACGCAGUCCGGAAGGAAGGAGGCCACUGCCAAGUAUGAAGAGCAGCUGCAGCACGUGCGUGACGAGCUGACCCGGCUGAAGCGCAGCUACGAGAAGCUCCAGCGCAAGCAGCUGAGGGAGGCGCGGGAGGGAGCCAAAAGUCGCGAGGAGGACAGGACCGAGCUCACCCGGCUCACCAGCAAGAUCGAGGAGUUUCGACUGCGCUCUCUGGAUUGGGAGCAACAGCGGAUUCAGUACCAGAAGCAGGUGUCCUCCCUAGAGACUCAGAGGAAGAACCUGGCUGAACAGUUUCAGCAGUUCCAACUGCAGCGCUCGCCGGGCCGCGCCAGGGAGGCGGAGCGGGGCGAGCAGGCCAGCCAGGCGGAGGCGCAGCGGCUGCGUGUGCAGCUGGAGCGGGCGCAGGACGCCCUGCGGGCGCAGGAGCUGCAGCUGGAGCGGCUUAGCCUGCUGCAGUCGGAGCUCGGCGACUCCCGGAGGGAACGGCAGGUCAGCGGCACGGUGCUGAGCGAGGAGAAGGCGGAGCUGCUGGCCACGCUGGACACGCAGGACGAGUUCGUGCGCGGCUCGGGCCUGCAGCUGCAGCAGCUGCGCGGUGAGCUGGCCCGGCUGAGCCAGGCCCUGCAGGCCAAAGACCAUGUGAUCAGGUCCCUGGAGGACUGUUUGGGGGACGAGGGUGUGGCUUCGGGCCUGGCGCCCCUCAGGCGGGAGCUGGAGAAGGCCCUGGUCCAGCUGCACGCCUCCCGCACCUGCGAGGCUCACCUGAAAGCCGAGGCGGCCCGACUGCGCGAAAGCCUCGACGUCCUGCGAGGAUCGAGGGGAGGUCCAGUUAAGGAGCCAGAGCUGAAGCUGCUGGAGGAAGACCUCAGUCACUCGGUGGGAGAAGUGAAGAGGCUGAGGGACGAGCUGCAUAAGGUGGAGCAGACCCGACGUGGGGAGGUGGAGGGCAUGAGGAAGGAGGUGUCCCAGCUGACCAAUGAGCUGCACCAGCGCGACAUCACCAUUGCCACGCUCAGCGGCUCCGCCUCCGGCAUUGAGCGACAGCUCCGGGCAGAGGUGGAGAGGGCAGAGCGCCGGGCCACCGAGCUCAAGGUGACCCAGGUCCAGCUGGAAACCUUUAAAAUGGAGAACCAGCACCUGACUGAGAUGCUGGAGCGGCUGGAGUCCAGGCUGUCCAAGAAGACCGAGGGCUCGCUAGCGCCCCCCAGGGACAGCCUGGAGCGGGAGAACCAGCAGCUGCGGCAGGAGCUGGCGGAGGUGCGGGACCGACUGGAGGCCCAGGCACAGACCUGGCAGGACAAGCUGGAGCAGGCCCUGCUGCAGAGCCGGGAUGAGCUGAACCAGCUCCGCCUGGCCGAAGAAAGGAAAGCCAAGGACGUCCAGCGGAAGCACAGGGAGGAGGUGCUUGCCCUGGAGGCGAAGAUGCAGGAGACGACCGUGCGCUACGAGGAGGAGAUCCAGAGCCUCCGGAGGCAGCCAGAGGUCCUUCCUAAGUCCUCCUCAGUCCCCCAGGCCAGCAGGUCCAGCUCGGCCAGAUCCCGCUCUCCCUCUUCCUUGUCCUCGUCCUCCUCCUCCUCCUCUUCCCUUCGUCUUGAAGGUCGGAUGUCGGCGCAGGGCAGGCCCCCUUUGCUCUCUGCUGCCCCCGAUGGCAGCGAAGGACACCGUUCCAACAGCAGCUCGCAGGAGUCCCUGCACCUGCUGGGACAAGAGCAGAUCUCUCAACUGGCGUUGGAAGGCUCCUCCCCCCCGGGCACGGUAGCCUCUCGGUUCCUGGAGGAGGAGACCCUGCGCUCCCAGGAGCUGCUGCAGAGGCUGGACGCCCACAUCGAGGACAUGAGGGAGGACACCUCCCAAACGGUCAGGAAGUACCUGGAGGAGGGCCCGGGGCCCGCUUCCCACCAGGAACCUGAGCACCGCGGGGCACCGCGAGAGUGAACGCUGAUCCUCGACCGCGGAGUACAAAGUGCCAUUCGCUAUCAAAUUGCCAAACUGGUCCCAGCGCCCGCCUGGCGGUCGUAAUGCGGCGGUAGGCUAAAUGCUACUUGGAGGCGGGGCUUAUUUGCCAGUUAUCAGUGGAGGGCAAGUAGCGCUCAGAUCUCAUUGGGUGAAUGAACUUCUUAGAUUAGUGGGUGAAAGCUAUUCUUGGUUGGCCAUGUUAAUGCUAGUUAGUUAGCUAGAGCUGAGGUCCAUUUUAAUCAUUCGAUUCGUAAAUUUAAGGAUGUCCCAGAAUACUGUGCCAUAAAAUACACAUUUAAAUAUGUGUAUUAAAUAUUUGGCGGUUAUUUAUUGUUUACAAGUAACGGAAAGAUAAAUAAACUGGAUGAGAUUUUUUGGGCUGAGUUUGCCACCCUUGGCCUGUAUGGCGCAGACGCUUCAGGGAGACGCUGUUCCCACUCUUCCCUCCCUUCACCCAUCGCUGCUCUGUGCACGUCGCUAGCGCCGGAGCCUGAACAGUGGAGCGCCGAGCGACGGAUCGUUUGGAGCGCGUCGUUCCGCUGUCUCCUGGCUCUUCCCUCCAGGCUCGCGGUACUGAACGCAUUCCGCAUCCCGGGGCGUUCCUGUCAGUCACCACUUUGAAAAGUCGUCAGAUUGUUUCUUCCCCACAGGCUUCAGUGCCUUUCUUUCUUUGUCUGCUUUCUGUUUUUUGUACCCGAUACAUGUGUGUAUAUAUAUAGAUUUUAUAUGUUUUAUAGAACACGAAUGUCGCAGUAAAAAUCUGAAUUGUA